UAAAGCGCGCGGCGUUUCCGGCUGGCGCUGGAGGGGGAGGGCCGGGACCUCGUGUGAGGGAGCGCGGAGUCCCGGCAGCCCGCCCCGCGCCCGCCGGUCCACGCCCGGCACAGGAUCUCGCUGUCCCGGCUCCCACCGUCCCAGGAUGUUCAAAAAAUUUGAUGAAAAGGAGAACGUAUCGAACUGUAUCCAGCUGAAGACUUCAGUUAUUAAAGGUAUUAAGAACCAGCUGAUAGACCAAUUUCCUGUUAUCGAACCAUGGCUAAACCAAAUCAUGCCAAAGAAAGACCCCGUCAAAAUAGUAAGAUGUCAUGAACAUAUAGAAAUCCUCACUGUGAAUGGAGAAUUGCUGUUCUUCAGACAAAGAGAAGGGAUUUUUUACCCAACGCUAAGGUUACUUCACAAAUAUCCAUUUAUUCUACCACAUCAGCAGGUUGAUAAAGGAGCCAUUAAAUUUGUACUAAGUGGAGCUAAUAUAAUGUGUCCUGGCCUGACGUCUCCUGGAGCAAAACUUUACCCCGCUGCCGUUGAUACUGUUGUUGCAAUAAUGGCAGAAGGAAAACAACAUGCGUUAUGUGUGGGAGUCAUGAAGAUGUCAGCUGAUGACAUUGAGAAGGUCAACAAAGGGAUUGGUAUUGAAAAUAUCCAUUAUUUAAAUGAUGGUCUUUGGCAUAUGAAGACAUACAAGUGAAACAAAAGGAACUGUGUUACUCCAAGGGAAUGCACUUAGGUUAAAUGUGGACUGCUUUGUAAUUCCUCGUUUUUAAUGUGACUGAAUGUACAAAUUAUUUUGUUCUGUGGCAAUGCUAAAUAAAACAAGUGAAUGCAAAAGUACCGAUAGGCUACGAUAGUUUUCUAGAAUUCUUUUUACUACAGUUUUGAAAUGGUUUGUCUUAAGCCCAAAUCUUCAGUCACUGAAGGUAUCUGGUGGGAAAAAUCCUGCACAGACUGUGAGUAGAGUUUCAAAUGAAAAGGAGGAAAAAGCCAAGGAAUGUUUACAUUUUUAUGCUCCUCUAAAACAGUAAUGUAAAAUAUAUGUGAAAUAUCAUUAGUACAGUUUCUCAAACCUCCAUAACACUUCAGAUUUUUUUUGCUUCUGAUUUAACAUCUCACCAGCCUAUCUCCUUAUUGAAUGUGGAGAAAUGGUUUGGUUUUUUUUAACUUAUUUAUUAACAGCAUUAACUUUAGUAUUUUACUUCAGGAAUACUUCUUUUUAAGAAGCAUUUAUCAAUAGGAUUUAAGAACAUAAAGUCAUAUGUGGACUAUAAAGUCUUCUGUCUUAGAUCAUAACUUAAGAAUAUAUAUAAGCUCAAAUUUCUACCUACCAACACUGAUACUGCUCUCCUUACCGUGGCACUUAUUGCAGUAGUGGUCAUGCUCCAAAUGGAGUAUGUGCCAGUUGGUGCCUGAUGUGUGACUCCCUGUUUGCGCCUUACUUUAGGAGCAGCAACAAAAUCACUGUUCAACAAAAGCACGAUAGCAAAACAUAGCUCUAGGGGGACUUCAAAAGGGAUGUCAGCUUCUGGAGGCUGUUACACAGGUACACCUGCACAAGUGUAUAGAGAGCACUGUUUGUCUUAGUAAUCCACUUUGUUCAGUGAUUGUGUACUCAAAGCUGUGUCUAUGAAAAACAGGCUGUGCCAUGGAAUUAUUGAAUAAACGAAGAAAACAUUAAGGUCUACUGUU